CUCGAGAUCAGUGAUUGGCUUGACAUAAUUCUCUUGGCUGUCUGUCUUGUAACCUAACUCAGUACCAUGUGCGUGCAACCAAGUUACACCACAGGAAAUAAAGUAACCGUUUUGAAGAGUGGAGGUAGCAGACUUUGUCGCACUGCACGCGAGGAAGUUGGCCAAGCCUUUGAAUAAUGCCAGCAGGGAAAUAUGGAACAGGUAAAAAAAGAUGCGAAGACAAAUCCAUCGGCAACAGCUAAUCUUUUCUCCCAGGUGUUCUUCUGCUGGCUAAAUCCUUUGUUCCGCAUUGGAUACAAACGGAGGCUAGAGGAAGAUGACAUGUACAAAGUGCUUCCGGAGGAUGGAUCUGAGAGUCUGGGAGAGGAACUACAGAGGCACUGGGACAAUGAGGUGCAGAAGGCUGCUAAAGAUCUCAGGCCUCCCAAACUCACCAAAGUCCUCAUCAAGUGCUAUUGGAAACCCUACGCAGUGCUGGGGAUCUUUACUCUUAUUGAGGAGGUGAUUAAGGUGAUCCAGCCAGUGUUCUUGGGAAAGCUGAUCCAGUACUUUGAGAAGUACGAUCCUGAUAAUAUGGACGCGCUGUAUGAGGCCUUUGGCUACGCUGCUGGUGUCUGUCUGUCCACCCUGAUCCUGGCCGUCACGCAUCACCUCUACUUCUACCACGUCCAGAGGACCGGCAUGAAGAUGCGAGUAGCCAUGUGUCACAUGAUCUACAAGAAGGCCCUGUGUCUCAGCAGUGCAGCGAUGGGAAAAACAACCACAGGCCAAAUAGUGAACCUGCUAUCCAACGAUGUCAACAAGUUUGAUGAGGUGACUAUUUUUCUGCACUUCCUGUGGGUGGGGCCUCUCCAGGCAGCGGCCGUCCUGGGGCUGCUGUGGGUGGAGAUUGGCCCAUCAUGCCUCGCAGGCAUGGCUGUCCUCGUCAUCCUCAUGCCAACGCAGACCAUGUUCGGAAGGCUCUUCUCCAAGUUCAGGAGUAAAACAGCUGCCUUGACUGACAAUAGGAUACGCACCAUGAAUGAAGUGGUGUCUGGAAUCAGGAUCAUCAAAAUGUAUGCCUGGGAGAAGCCCUUCUCAGCACUGGUCAAUGAUGUCAGAAGGAAAGAGAUCUCCAAGAUCAUGUCGAGCUCCUACCUGCGAGGCCUCAACAUGGCCUCCUUCUUUGCGGCCAGUAAGAUCAUCGUCUUCAUCACCUUCACCGUCUAUGUCUUCCUGGGGAACACCAUCUCAGCCAGCCGGGUGUUUGUGGCCGUGUCUUUGUACAGUGCCGUCCGCCUCACCGUCACCCUCUUCUUCCCCUCGGCCAUAGAGAAACUGUCUGAGACGCGCAUCAGCGUCCGCAGGAUCAAGACUUUUCUCCUGUUGGAUGAGAUUGUGAAAAGCGAACAUGGAUUCCUCCAGGAGGAGAAGCAAGAGCCCAAUGUGGAGAUCCAGGACCUGAUUUGCUACUGGGACACGAGUCAGGACGCCCCGUCUCUCCAGAACCUGUCACUCACAGUAAAGUCCGAGCAGCUUGUCGCUGUCAUUGGACCUGUGGGGGCUGGAAAGUCCUCUCUGCUCAGCGCCAUCCUGGGGGAGUUGCCUCACGACAAAGGGGUGUUGAAGGUCAAAGGUCAGCUGACCUAUGCCUCCCAGCAGCCCUGGGUGUUCCCUGGAACCAUCCGCAGCAACAUCCUGUUUGGCAAAGAGCUCCAUUCUCAGAAGUAUGAGAAGGUCCUGAGAGCCUGCGCCCUCAAGAGGGACAUGGAGCUGCUGCCAGACGGGGACCUGACAUUGAUAGGGGACAGAGGAGCCACCCUCAGUGGGGGACAGAAAGCUAGAGUGAACCUGGCCCGGGCUGUGUACCAGGAUGCUGAUAUCUACCUGCUGGACGACCCUCUAAGUGCUGUGGAUGCUGAGGUCGGGAGACACCUGUUUGAACAGUGUAUCUGUGGUAUUCUGAAGAACAAGCCCCGCAUCCUGGUCACCCACCAGUUGCAGUACCUCCAAGCAGCCAACCAGAUCCUCGUUCUCAAGGAGGGUCACAUGGUGGCAAGGGGGACGUACAGCGAACUCCAGCGCUCUGGGGUCGACUUCACCUCCCUCCUGAAGAGGGAAGAGGAGGGGCCACAAGCCCCAGGGGCGGAGACUGAAAGCCGCUCGCCAUGCAGACGCACCCUCUCGCAGAAUGCAGAGGUCUCCCACACCUCCUCCAUACGCCCUGUUAAAGAUGGAACUGAACAGCUUCCGGCAGAGCCUGUCCAGACAGUAGUCGAGGAGAGCCGCUCGGAGGGGACCAUCGGCGUCGACCUCUAUGUCAAGUACCUGAAGGCAGGCGCCAACAUCCUGGUGUUGAUAGGAGUUGUAUUACUCCAGUUCCUAGCUCAGGCAGCAUAUAUUCUGCAGGACUGGUGGUUGGCCUAUUGGGCAGGAGAGCAGGAGAAGCUCAACGUUAACGGCACUGUGACCGUCCAAAAUGGUGUCAACGUCACUGAAGAGCUGAACCUGGAUUUCUACCUCGGCAUUUACGCAGGUUUGACUGGAGCAACUCUCAUCUUUGGCUUUGCCAGGAGUCUGGUGAUGUUCAAUGUGCUGGUGAAAGCUGCUCAGUCUCUGCACAACCGCAUGUUCAUCUCUAUCCUCCGGACGCCUGUACGCUUCUUUGACGUCAACCCAAUUGGAAGAGUCCUCAACCGCUUCUCUAAGGACAUUGGCCAACUGGACGCGGCCUUACCGUGGACCUUUGUGGACUUCAUUCAGAUAUUCCUGCAGAUCAUCGGUGUGGUUGCUGUAGCGGCCUCAGUCAUCCCCUGGAUCCUCAUCCCAUUGGCUCCUCUUAUCAUCGUCUUCCUGUUCCUGAGACGCUACUUCCUGCAGACGUCACGAGAUGUCAAGCGCCUGGAAUCCACCACUCGGAGUCCAGUCUUUUCCCACCUGUCCUCGUCCCUCCAAGGUCUGUGGACGAUUCGAGCCUUCAGAGCCGAGGAGCGAUUCCAAAAUACCUUUGAUGCUUAUCAGGAUCUGCACUCAGAAUCCUGGUUCCUGUUCCUGGUCACCUCUCGCUGGUUCGCCAUCCGCCUGGAUGGCAUGUGCGCCGUCUUCGUCACCAUCACUGCCUUCGGCUGCCUUCUGCUCCGAGACCAGGUGGAGGCUGGAUCUGUAGGCCUGGCGUUGUCCUACGCUGUGACUCUCAUGGGGAUGUUCCAGUGGGGGGUACGGCAGAGUGCUGAGGUGGAGAACAUGAUGACGUCAGUGGAGAGGGUGGUGGAGUACACAGAGCUGGAGAGUGAAGCACCCUGGGAAACCCAGAAGCGUCCUCCUCCUGAGUGGCCGAGCCAAGGCCUCAUCACCUUUGACCGGGUCAGCUUCUCCUACAGCUCAGACGGACCUGUGGUCCUGAAGGACAUGAAGGCCAUGUUCAGGCCCAAAGAGAAGGUUGGCAUCGUGGGCAGGACAGGUGCGGGGAAAAGCUCCCUGGUAUCGGCGCUCUUCCGCCUGGCAGAGCCAGAGGGCAGGAUCUACAUUGACGGAGUUCUGACCUCCGAGAUCGGCCUUCAUGACCUGCGCCAGAAGAUGUCCAUCAUACCUCAGGACCCGGUACUUUUCACCGGCACCAUGAGGAAGAAUCUGGACCCUUUUAGCCAGCACACAGACGAAGACCUGUGGAACGCUCUCCAAGAGGUCCAGCUGAAGUCUGUGGUGGAGGAGCUGCCCAAUAAGAUGGAGACGGUUCUGGCCGAGUCGGGCUCCAACUUCAGUGUGGGUCAGAGGCAGCUGGUCUGUCUGGCCCGAGCCAUCCUGAGGAAGAACCGCAUCCUCAUCAUCGACGAGGCCACAGCCAACGUGGACCCCAGAACAGAUGAGUUGAUCCAGAAGACGAUACGAGACAAAUUCAGGGAGUGCACCGUGCUCACCAUCGCCCACCGCCUCAACACCAUCAUAGACAGCGACCGCAUUCUGGUUCUAGACGCGGGUCAGAUCCAUGCAUACGACGAGCCCUACACCCUACUUCAGAACCACGACGGUAUCUUCUUCAAGAUGGUCCAGCAGACAGGCAGGCAGGAGGCCGUUGCCCUCCUGCAGUCAGCUAAACAGGCAUACAACAGCCGGAGUCGUCCCAGUACGACCAAUGGAGGGGUCGGAGCGGACGGCAACUUGGUCAUCUUUGAGACGGCCCUGUAACAGCCUGGAGGAGACUUUGACUAUUGUUUUAAAGCAUGGAGUAUUGCUCCUCGGAGUUGGCUGGUACUGCAGUCCCAUGGUAUUCUCCAGUCUACAGAGAUCAACAGUGCCUUAUCACCCUGCAAAAACUCCAUUUGGACAGGAAGCUGCAAAGAGGUGGAACGGUUUGGUCCAGUGUAUCAUAGGCUGAGUUGAGUCAAAUCCACUUAUGCAGUUGUAGGGAUUUUUCCUAAAGCUAAGAAAGUUGGGAUGGGGUACGUGGUGGGGAAACUCUAAAUGUUAAACGUCGCUUUUUUAUUUAUCAAACAAACAUGCAGUAACCAAUCGAUUUUAAAGGAAUAACCAUCGAGACACAUGACAAUUGAUUGUAUAAUCGUGACUUGACUGAUAAAUAUUUUUGCCAGACUUGUGUACACAAUUUCAAGGGCCAAAAUUUGAGGACUCUUUCCUUAGAUUAAUUUACAUGGCCUAUUGUCUGGUUGAAAGUAUAAACUACGUCUUGUAGUUUAGUGCCUUCAUUUUUUAGCAGCAGUUUUAGAUUAAUCAUCUUUGUAUAAUUCAUAUUUAUUAAAAAUGUAGUAAUGUGUAGUCAAUGUAAAAACAUAAGUUAUUUAGCCAUACCAAAUCAAUCAUGUAAAAUGUGACACUUUGUACACCAGUAAUUUGUCUAUUCAUUUACAACUUAUUUGCACCAGCUGCUCCAAAUGCAGUAUUUACUGUAGUCACUGCAUCAAAUAGGGCUUGCGAUUGUCUUCUGAAACUCAACUCAGGUAGUUUGAAUAUGAAUCCCACUAAUUAUUUUGUCAAAGGGCAAUUUCUCAGGCAAAAAUUGUGCUGAUACUGUCUGGGAGUGGCCUGAGAGGGGGGAAACUGACAAUUGGCUUAUUGGCAGAUAGACCAAUAAGAGUGUUCCAAACCUAACUAAUUUACCGCAUGGUGACGUCACCAUGGAAGGCCAAAAUUGUCUGAAAUUUCAGCCUGUGUUUUCAAACAGCUCUUACACUACAAGGGCUUCAUAAUUUCAGUAUUACUCCAACCUCAGUGUGGAAACGUUUUAUAAAACAGGAAAAUCACAUGACUGCACUGGGUUAAGAAAUGGUUAGUCAUGUAGAUUAGAAAUGUGAUUAGUGAGGAAUAUUGAAAAACAAGUCGCACGCCAGAUUCGAACUGGCAACCUAACCUAGGAAAGUCACGUUUGACUGCACUGGGACUUGAAAUGGCGUAUACAGGAGCUUUUCUCACUUGUAAUCGAUAGAAUUGACUGUGCCUGUUUAUAUUCAGCAUUGAUCCUCAGGUCUUGUCGGAUGAGUUUACUUCAAAUGAAUAUCACUCACAUUUCUAAUUGAUUAAAUCUGUAGUGCAGAAGAUCCCCCAUUAUAGCUUGAUUGAAAUGCAAAGGUUAUUUCUGAUUAAGCUGCCGUGGCGUUUACCUUGAAUACAGUCUACGCGAAUAUUGCAUUUCAUUUGCGCUAUAGCGUGGAACUUCCGCCAUACAGAUGGAAUAAAGCCCCUAAUCAACAUUUGUAAAAUCAUCUCGUUGAUGUGGUGAGUCACAGGAUUUAUAAAUGUGGUUUUCUUUAUUUGAUGUUCUGUCGAGGGCAGAAACAAAGGUGAUUGUUUAAGUUCAGGAAUAGUGGUUGGGGUAAGGUUAGAAAACAAACCACACAGAUUCAAACCUCUGGCAUCAACAAGAUUAGAACCUGUGACCUUCUGGUACCUAUCCCUGUACCUACAGUUGAAGUCAGAAGUUUACAUACACCUUAGCCAAACACAUUUAAACUCAGUUUUUCCACAAUUCCUGACAUUUAAUCCGAGUAACAAUUCCCUAUCUUAGGUCAGUUAGGAUCACCACUUUAUUUUAAGAAUGUGAAAUGUCAGAGUAAUAGUAGAGAAUUAUUUCUUUCAGCUUUUAUUUCUUUCAUCACAUUCCCAGUGGGUCAGAAGUUUACAUACACUCAAUUAGUAUUUGGUAACAUUGUCUUGAAAUGUUUGGCCCAAGUUAAACAAUUUUGUGUAGCCUUCCACAAGCUUCCCACAAUAAGUUGGGUGAAUUUUGGCCCAUUCCUCCUGACAGAGCUGGUGUAACUGAGUCGGAUUUGUAGGCCUCCUUGCUCGCACACGCUUUUUCAGUUCUGCCCACAGAUUUUCUAUAGGAUUGAGGUCAGGGCUUUGUGAUGGCCACUCCAAUACAUUGACUUUGUUGUCCUUAAGCAAUUUUGCCACAACUUUGGAAGUAUGCUUGGGGUCAUCGUCCAUUUGGAAGACCCAUUUGCGACCAAGCUUUAACUUCCUGACUGAAUUUUUUUAUUUUUAUUUUUAUUUAUUUAUUUAUUUUUGGGGGGGGGGUGGAUCAGCUUAAUAAUGCGGAAAGAAUGUUGCUUCCAAUGUAAUUGUCUGCAUCAUUUCCAAUCCCCCAUAUUUUUUUGGGUAAAUAUAUAUAUCCAUACACGCAUGCAUACAUAUAUACAUACACAUACCUAUAUAGACAUACAUACUUUUUUAAAGAAUAUACCUUUAUUAUUAUUCCCCGCAACCCUACCACCGCUCCCCCAAUUGGAGUAAACUAAUAAACACUUCUGCUUUUACCUUCAAUUUAUACAUAUACAUACAUACAUACAUUAUACGUAUUUUACAGACACAGACUACUUUAUAAUAGUUCUCUCUUGUUUGUUCUUAGUCCUUCCUCUAUUUCUGUUGUCCAUCCAAUUUUAUUUCUACUUGUAACUGUGCUAUUUCACAAAAGCUCCGCACCUAUACACAUUUCACAGAUCCCGUAUGCCAUACAUUAUCUUGUUAUUAGUCCCACCCUUCAGUUCCACUCAACCCUUCCCAUCUAUCUUCCAACAUCAUCCAUUUCGGAUUUUUAUUUGCCAUAUAUUUUUCAACUGUGCUGUGAUGCUUCACAAAAUAUUUGAACCUUCCUAUUCUCAUAGCUUCUACAGAUUGUAAAUUAAAAAUAAACAUUUUUGCUAAAAUAA